CGCCAUCUUGUCCAAAUCGCUGGAAAGACCAUCGGUGAGGAUGUUAUUUUGCCAUGCCAUCUGAAACCGGCAGGGGAUGCUGUGGGUAUGACGUUUGAGUGGGCAAGACCGGACUUGAAUCCCAGAUUUGUCCAUGUGUGGCAUGAACGUCAAGACCUUCAUGUCAAUCAGCAUCUGUCCUACAAAGGACGAACAUCAGUGUCCCUCGACAAGCUGAAGCAAGGAGACGUUUCACUGAAACUCUCCAGAGUCAAACUGUCUGAUAAGGGAACGUACAGAUGUUACUUUCCAGAUUUGGAUAAAGACUCCACUGUUCAACUUGUUGUUGCGGCUGCUGCUUCGCCAGCCAUCAGGUUAGCAGGAAUUGACAGAACCUCCAGUGGUGUGGUUCUACAGUGUGAGUCCUCCGGCUGGUAUCCAGAACCUGAGGUGUUCUGGCUGGACGGUGAGGGAAACCUCCUCUCUGCUGGACCUACAGAGACAGUCAGAGGUCCUGAUGACCUCUAUACUGUCAGCAGCAGAGUGACUGUGGAGAAGAGACACAGCAACAGCUUCACCUGUAGAGUCCACCAGAACCACAUCAACCAGACCAGAGAGGCACAGAUACAUAUUCCAGAUGAUUUCUUCAUGGUCCCGCCUGGUUCCGCUGCCCGUAUCACCAUCAGCUUGGUUGCUUGCUUCACAUGUGUUCUUGCAGUUGUCUUUGUUGUAUGGAUAUUGAGGCGAAGCAAAACCAAAGCCAAGAUAACCGCUCAAAGAGAAGAACAGCGGCUCUUGGCAGACAAGGACAAUAUGAAGGAAGCUGAGAAGAGACUGGCAGGGACUGCUGAAGAAUUACAGAUGAAACAAAAAGACAUGGUUGACACACUGAUGAACCAGAGAGAUCAACUGAAACGGCUACGGACGAAUGUAGAGAAACUGGUGGAGGACAAUGAAAGUAAGCUUCAGUCAGUGGAGAAAGAUAUGACAAAUAAAGGUAAAGGAUUGACUAGUGCACCAGAUCAUAAAGAAAUGAUAUAUGAGAACAAUUGGUACCUGAAGGACAGAGUGAAGGAACUUGAGACUAUGGUACUGAACACAGAGAAACUAUUAGGGAUGAUGAAGGGUGUGAUUGUUGAAACAACAAAAAAGGAGGAAACAGAGAAGCAGAUAAAUGAAGAGUAAUGUUGACUGGAGAGUGUUAAACACUAAACAUGCACGUUAAAGUAUGUAGUACAAGUACAAACACAAGCACAAAGAGAUAAGAAAAAAGUAUCUGUUUAUUUUUAGAUCCUCAAAAAUCUUGCAAAACUAAUUUCUUGAUGUUUUCUUUUUCUGUUUUUAUUUGUUUGAUAGCAUGUAGUUAUGCAUUAUGUGCAUAUUGUUAUGAAUUCAUGUUGUGGGUUGUUUGUUUGAGUUUCUAUCUUUAUGUUUAACUGGUAUAGUUUUUUUGGGCUUUAUUGAUAUUGAGAUGUUAAUUUGAGCAUUUGUUGUAAGAGCGUGUGAAGGUUUGUAACCAUCGUGUGAAAGUUAACAGGGAUUUUAAUAAAGAACUAAAAAUC